CGAUGCGAUGUCACCAUUCCCACACAGCACAUUGCAUGUGGAAUGAAAUUGUAGAAAUAAAUUGUUUUUUAAAAUUAACAUAUUAAAAGCGAAUAUACCUUAACUAACUAAUAUACCACAUUUACUGUUUGGAGCAGACGUUGUUGUCUUCAGUACAUAUACAAUUGCUUGUCAAUCUAGCGUCGAAUGCUGCAGGUCCAGUCUUUGGCAUAUUAUCAAACUGCUAAAUUCUUUUAGUAGUAUUCAAAUGGUUGUUUGACGCAUUGUCAGCGGGUAAUAAUUCGCCCCCGAUCGCUACGUAUGUAAAACGGACCGAGCCGUUUUAACAACAUUGUGAGAUUUUCGUUAUGCGACCUUCACCAACAAAUUUAUCAACACAAACGGAAAUUUCAAGAAACAUGCAGCCCCAAAAUAUGAUUUUGCCGAUAAAUAAAAAAACCAACAAAAAAUAUGCCUCAACAAUGCAACCGGUUGCUGCAGGUUCAAAGCAGCCAUCUCUACCGCAACACAGUACAACACAGCCGCAAUUUCAGAUAAACAAGGCAUACAAUGUUGUAUCAAUAUUAAAAACAACAACAACCACAAAUGCUCAACAGAGUUCUCAUAUGCCUUCAUCACAUCAGGCACAAUCACAUCAACAAAAUCAGUCACAGUCCCAGCAAAGCUACGCAAAUGUGCUAAACCAUCGACCGUCGAUGGCUCCAACACUCACAGUUGGAUCUCAACAAUCGCCGUCGUCAGUGAUCUGUAGUGGCGGCAACAUAAUGAGUGUUAACAGUUGUCAAAUCAACACCAGCGAGAUGAGUUCAACUGCAAUCUACAAUCUUGCCGGUCCGCAUAGGGCAUCACAAUUGACUGGCGCCAGCAGCGGAAUCAUCGACUCGAAAUGUCGCUUUGUGGGAAGCGUUACAGCGUUAUCUGUAUCAGAUAUGACGAAAAGCUGCGCCGGUAACAAUACCACAAGCAACAAUGCUAUAGUCUCCAAUUGUACUACGCACUGUGUCAACUCUAACGGUACUGCUAACGGGAGUAAUCACAAUCAAAGCAUUAUAACAUUGGCCAAUUCGCAUGGGCUCGCUGUUGGCACUUCUAGUGCCCCACCUUAUGCUUUACAUGACAAGGGUCUUCUAGGCGUUGUAAAUGGUGUUAACGUCAGUUGUAUCGAUAAUAGGAAAUUCGACUAUAAAAACAGUAAUCUACUAUCAAAUAGUAGUUUCCAACCAACCCAAGAGUUUGUGUCAUCGGGUAACAACAGUUCUGGGAACACCCGUUCAAAUCCACAAACUGGUGGAAUAUUUCGUGGACCUCCACCCACAUCGAAUGCUCCAAGAGGUCCCGGCGGUGGCAGCGGAAGUGCUCGACAUGUGCAUAUGUCAGCAAUGUAUCCAAAUGUAGUGCUACAGCAGUUCCCUCCAUUUAGUCAACGCCAACCCACAUUUCCAGCACCACAUAUACAAUAUGCUCCGGGACCCAUUUCCUACUAUCCCUAUUCAUAUCUAUCAACAUUACCGCAACAACCACCACAUUCACGAAGUGGGGUAGCAGUUAACACAAACGUAAACAUUAACAAUUCGAUGCAGCCCGUGCAGCCCGGAGGUCCCAAUGGACCAUUGGUCCAGGCUGGUCCAGGGGCGUCAUCGCCACAAAUGCAACUACUGACUGGAGCAGUACAGUCGGGUACAAAUACUGUACUCGGUGUCGGUGUCGGUGGCACUGGUACCGGUCAAGUAGGUGUUCCUCCAAUGGUAGGUGUUGGUGUCCUCACACCGAACGUAACACCAUCGGUACAAGCGCCGCCUUCAAGUAGACGACGUCAUCAACAUCGAUUGCAGAUUAUUGAUCCAGCAACACGAAAGAAUAUUCUCGACGAUCUGGAUAAAAAUAAUUCGACUGCGGACGAAUACCAGGAUCAAAUAUCUGUUUCACAUCAAGUGCCUGCGGCGACAUUAGCCGCCGUUGUUCAACCAGAUAUGUCUUUAUGCGCUCCACAGUCCGAAUCAAUUGUUACUGGUGUGGUCCUUCAAGGCAGUUUAGAAACAAGGGCCAAUGUUCCGUGUAAAAUAGAUCAAAUCUCCGCUCAUCGCCAAGAUGGGGGUCAAACCCCAGUAGUAUCAGCCAUGUCCGAUGCACCUUCUGUCGAAAUAUUACCAACUCCACAAAAGACCAAGAGCAAAAAAAUUCCUAUAGUCGCUUCAAAAGAUGAAAGUGAAUUGUCUACUACAUUUGCAAAUGUCAAAGUGGAUAAUGCUGCGGCAGAAGAAAACACAGCUAUUGAUACGACGACGAAUGAGAGUAGUAUACAGCCCAAGAAACAGCCAACAGAAUCUGUUGCACUUCAAAGUCAUCAACAGCAUAAUUAUUCGCAACUGCAGGAGCAAUCGCAUCUCGAAAACCAACAAGAACAACAGCAAACACAAUCAAAGUUCAUGUCGCCUGAGCAGAUUGAUAUUGUUGAGGUCGAUCCCAAAAACGAUUCCGCUAAAAAUAGAAAUGAAGUAUCAUCGUUAAAACAACAACUAACAUCUGAGAAUCUAGUAGCUGAAAUUUCCGACCAUGUCUCCAACAUGCCCAAUAUGAUAGAACAAAAUGUUUCACAAGUAGUGGAUGGAUUUGUUGGGCAGACGACUAAUGAUUCGACGAUGCCUUUAUCGCUACCCCAUCAAAUCACCUCUCACGAAAGUUACCCUGAUGAAACUGAUCGUGCUCAAAAUUUGUUACAGACUGAAGGAGAAUCAAAUAUUGUUGAAUCAGUUAAAGAACAAUCUGCUGAGAGUGUGGAUAAUAUUGUUGCAGCAGAGCUUGCACCAACAACUGAAGCAACACAAGUAAUACAACCAAGUAUUGCAUUGAAAGAUAAAGAGCGAAAUGAGGAAGAGGAAGGAAUAUUGAUCGGCACAUCCGCCUCCAGCGCAGAAUCGUCUUCAUCCUCAUUUGCUACAUCGUUGAUUAAUUAUAACAAAGAUCAAUGGUCUCCCAGUAAUCCGGGUGGCAAAAAACAAUAUGAUCGUGAGCAACUGAUGCUGUUGCGUGAAGCGAAAGCGUCACGUGUCCAACCCGAAGUCAAAAAUGUUUCAAUACUACCGCAUCCAAAUCUCAUGCCACUAUUUAUGCGCAACAACAAUAACAACAGCAAUAAGCGUGUACAAUCAAUGGUGGGUGUAGUUGGAGGAGGUGGUAAUCGUAACAACGAGUCUAUGGGUGGCAAUUUCGUAGGCAAACAAUCGCAUGUUUCCAUGUCCGGUGUGCAAGCGGGGGGCAGAAGUAGCAUGAAGGGCAUGAUCCAUGUGAAUCUGUCGCUUAACCAAGACGUCAAACUCAAUGAAACUGAAAAUGCUUGGCGUCCGCGAACCCACAAUAAACAAGAUUACACUGACAUUGGUGAGGGUUCCAACAAUAAGAACAGUCAUGAGAAAGAUGAACUUGUGCGCCGCGUCCGUGGUAUUCUUAAUAAACUAACGCCAGAGCGAUUUGAUACUUUGGUCGAAGAGAUAAUCAAGCUGAAAAUCGAUACACCCGAUAAAAUGGAUGAGGUGAUUGUACUCGUGUUUGAGAAAGCUAUUGACGAGCCUAAUUUUUCUGUUUCUUAUGCUCGACUGUGCCAUCGGCUAAUUAGCGAGGUGAAGGCGCGCGACGAGCGAAUGGAAAGUGGCACUAAAACAAAUUUGCAGCAUUUUCGAAAUGCUUUAUUGGAUAAAACAGAGCGCGAGUUUACACAGAAUGUGUCGCAAAGCACGGCCAAAGAGAAGAAACUUCAACCGAUUGUAGAUAAAAUCAAAAAAUGUCAAGAUCCAAAUGAGAAGGCGGAGCUGGAAGCUCUGCUCGAAGAAGAAGAGCGUAAAAUUCGACGUCGUUCUGGUGGCACUGUUCGCUUCAUUGGGGAGCUCUUUAAAAUAUCUAUGCUAACGGGCAAAAUUAUUUACUCAUGCAUCGACACACUGCUUAAUCCGCAUUCAGAGGAUAUGCUCGAAUGCCUAUGUAAACUGUUGACGACUGUUGGCGCGAAAUUUGAGCAAACACCGGUGAAUUCUAAGGUUUCCAGUCGUUGCUAUUCACUUGAGAAAUCCAUAUCACAAAUGCAGUCGAUUGCAUCCAAAACCGAAAAAGAUGGGGCCAAAGUCAGUUCGCGAGUGCGUUUUAUGCUGCAGGAUGUUAUUGAUUUGCGCAAAAACAAAUGGCAAUCGACCCGAAAUGAGGCACCCAAAACCAUGGGACAAAUUGAGAAGGAAGCGAAGAAUGAACAGCUAUCGGCACAAUAUAUGAACUAUAGUGGCUCAUUAUCAUCAUCGUCCUCAAGUGCCAAUGGACCCCAGGCUGGUGGUCCAGGUGGUAAACGUGACGAUCGUGGUAAUGGUCGAUUUGAUGGACGAUCCACUGGUGGAGGGUAUGGUGGCAGUCAUAGUCAACGCAUUGACGUAGGUAGCAAUCUACGACAUCAACAAUUAGGCGGCAACAGCAACAAUGGAAAUAGCAAUUCGAAUAGUGGUGGUGGAGGAGGAGCUAACAGUGCUCACUCCAAUGGUAACAAUGACGACAACACGUGGCAUGUGCAGACUAGCAAAGGUAGUCGCUCUCAAGCAGUUGAUAGCAACAAACUGGAAGGUCUGACAUUACAACUUAAUCAGAAUUUGGAUACUAAAAAAAUGGGAGGAGUAUCUCAAUUUAUUUGGAAUAAUGCUAGCAGACAAUCUUCAACACCAACCACAACACCGUCAAAUUCAUUUGCUGCACUUUCUUCUCUCAUUGACAAAAACAUGUCCGACCGUGAUCGUGAUCGCAGUGGACCCAGAAAUAAGGGAUCUUAUAACAAGGGGUCCAUGGAGAGAGAUCGUUAUAACGACCGAGGCAUCCACUCUAGAACUGGUUCGUCACAGGGAUCGCGGGAGAAUUCUUCGUCACGGGUUGCACAGCAGCACUCUCAAAACCGCGGUGGAAUGCUUAACUCGACUUCAUUACAAAAAUCAGCUAGUCACUCCAAGUACACACAACAGGUGCCACCUGCUAGACUUUCUAACAAGGCUAUGGGAACCGCUCUUAGCAACAAUAACGCCGGAAACGUUGGCGGCAUCUACAGAGGCAGCGAUCAUCAGUUGCCUUCAUCAAUUGCUUCAUCAUCUAUAUCUAAUUCUGCAUCGCAAUCGAGAAAUGUUGCGCCACAAGCGGUGUUUGUUGAACCACGCCCAACUGACCUGAAGCUUUUUAAAUCAGUCGUCUCCGAUCUUAUCGAUCUGGCGACGACAUCUAAGAAAACGGACACUUUAACGGUAGUCGAAUGUUUCAAACGGAUAUCGGAACAACAACGCUGUGGCUUUUUGUUCUAUAUUCUUACCGAUUAUUUGCAUUUAGCGAAUGUUGAUAAACAGUACAGGCGAUAUUUAGCUAAUAUGAUUGCGACGCUUAUCCAGGAAAAUUAUAUUUCCGUCGAGCACUUUCAGCUUGCAUACAAAGAAUUUACCGAGUAUGCAAACGAUUUAAUUGUUGAUAUUCCAGAUUUAUGGUUAUAUGUUCUUCAAUUUGCUGGUCCUCUCGUAGUAAAGAAAGUUUUGACACUCUCUGAUUUGUGGACUAAAAAUCUACGAGAUAAUCCAUCUUGCGAGGGUAAACAUUUCCUUAAAACUUACUUAACAUAUUGUACACGGGAAGUUGGACCUAACUUUACUCGAAACAUGUGGAAGAAGUUUAACAUACGUUGGGUUGACUUUAUGCCUGACAGCGAAGUGAAAAAUUUCAUUGAAUCCAAUAGGUUUGAAUACGUCGAGAGUGAAUUGAAAAAACCAGUGAUUGAAGAACGCAUGUCCUUGGAGAAGCACAUCGAAAAUGUGAUAGAACAUAUUGAACACUUAAUAAAGGAAGGUUCAACUGCAGAUUGCGUCAUUGAUUACAGUAAUGGCAAUAUAGUUGUUCCCGAUAAAAUUUUUAUUAGAGGCUUGACUAAAACUCUUUGUAACUUUGCAAUUGUCUAUAAAGAACAUAGUUAUAAGCUUGAACCUGAAAUUUUUCAAAAAGUUUGUAUACCAGUUUUGCAACGUUAUAUUGAUUCCAACGAUGACCUACAACUUGAAUGCUUAUAUGCAGUGCAGCUCCUUGUCCAUAGCUUGGAGCAUCCUAGAGGAUUAUUAAGUGAAUUAUUUGGUGAGCUUUACGAUGGUUAUGUAAUACAGAAGGAAUCGCUGUGUAUUUGGCGCGACUCAAAAGAGCAAUCCGCUGGCAAGGGUGUGGCUGUGAAAAGUCUUAAUCCAUUUUUCAACUCUAUAUUCAAUGAUGAAACCAAUUAAUGCAUAAUUGUGUACUCGAAGAUAACAAAUAACGCGAGAUAGGGCAAAAAAACUAAACACAUAAAAAUAUCAAAUUGCAAGAAAAAAAAAUGAAUUUAUAUAUGAAUGUAUAUAUAAAUAUAUAUAGAAAGAUCAUGGAAUAAGGCCCAGAGAAAUUCGUUUGUUCUGCCACAAUACACGAUGUUAUUGUAUAGUAUAGUAUGUUUAUGCAAUCCAAUAAAAACAUAUAAAUUGUAUAACUGUGUAAGCAUGUGUACUAUAAAUAAAGCAAACCUAAAGAAAUUUCAAAGUUGUAAUUGGUUGCUACAAAAGUAAUAAUGCUUACUACCAUAUGAGAGCGUUUGCAGAGAGCUAGAAAGCUGAUAGGUUUUAUAAAAAAAAUAUGAUCUGCGCAUUCACUUUCAUUAUUAACAAUGCCGAAAGUGGAAGAAUACAUAUAUAACAAGAGUGCGAUUUAAAACAAAAAGUUUGAUUCGAAAAAUUAUAGAAAUAAUGGUCAGCCUAAUCGUUUAUAUUUUUAUCUCUAAGAGAUUAACAAUCUAUUUGUAAUUUGAUGAAUGAUAAAACCAAUUUAAAUAUAAUGUUUUUAAAGGUGAA